AAAAGGAGAGAGAGAGAGAGAGAAGGGAAGAAAAAACGAGAUCAGACAAAAGUCUUUGGAGUAUGAACAGAUUUACAUUUGCGGUUUUCCUCUUGGCACUGGGUGUUCUUGUCUGCGAAGGAGGUAACCCAUGUUGCUCAUACCCGUGCCAGAACAGGGGCUUUUGCACUGCGCUUGGAAACGAUAAUUACGAGUGUGAUUGCACACGAACAGGAUAUUAUGGACAAAACUGCACCACACCUGAAUUCCUCACCUGGGUCAAAAUAUCCUUGAAGCCUACACCCAACACAGUCCACUACCUGCUCACCCACUUCAAGGGCUUCUGGAACAUCAUCAACAACAUCUCAUUUCUGAGGGAUGCCAUCAUGAGAUAUGUGCUGACAUCUCGAGCCCACUUGAUUGAUAGUCCUCCAACUUUUAAUGCGGACUAUGAUUACCUAAACUGGGAGGCCUAUUCCAACAUUUCCUACUACACGCGCACCCUCCCCCCUGUGUCAGAGGAUUGCCCAACCCCUAUGGGAGCAGUAGGUAAAAAGGAGCUACCUGAUGCAAAACUUUUGGCUGAGAAGCUUCUGAUGAGAAGACAGUUCAUCCCAGACCCUCAAGGAACCAGCCUGAUGUUUGCAUUCUUUGCACAGCAUUUCACCCACCAGUUCUUUAAAUCUGAUAUGAAGAAUGGACCAGCUUUUACUGUCGCUAAAGGCCAUGGGGUGGACCUCAACCACAUUUAUGGAGAUAACCUGGAGAGACAACACAAGCUCAGACUCAGACAGGAUGGCAAGCUUAAAUUUAAGAUGGUGAAUGGAGAGGUGUACCCCCCAACUGUACAGGAAGUAGGCGUUGACAUGCACUACCCUCCUCACGUUCCCGACUCUGAACGAUUCGCAGUAGGCCAUGAGGCAUUCGGCCUGGUCCCCGGGCUGCUGAUGUACGCCACCAUCUGGCUUCGUGAACACAACCGGGUGUGUGAUGUGUUGAAGGAGGUCCACCCCGACUGGGACGACGAGAGGCUCUUCCAGACCACACGGCUCAUCCUGAUUGGAGAGACCAUCAAGAUUGUGAUCGAGGACUACGUGCAGCACCUGAGCGGCUAUUACUUCAAGCUCAAGUUUGACCCCGAGCUGCUGUUCAACCAGCGUUUCCAGUACCAGAACCGCAUUGCAUCCGAGUUCAACACCCUGUACCACUGGCACCCUCUGAUGCCUGAUUCCUUCCACAUCGAGGAGAGAGAUUACAACUAUAAACAGUUUGUCUUCAACACCUCCGUAAUUACUGAGCACGGCAUCGGUAACCUAGUGGAGUCUUUUACCAAUCAGAUUGCCGGACGGGUUGCUGGUGGCCGGAAUGUGCCGGGGCCGAUCAUGUAUGUGGCCAUUAAGUCCAUUGAAAACAGCAGAAAAAUGCACUACCAGUCUCUUAACGCCUACAGGAAACGGUUCUCCAUGAAGCCCUACAGCUCCUUUGAAGACAUGACAGGAGAGAAAGAAAUGGCCGCACUGCUCGAGGAGUUUUACGGACACGUCGAUGCUGUGGAGCUCUACCCGGGUUUGUUGGUGGAGAAGCCCAGGACUAAUGCCAUCUUUGGGGAGACCAUGGUGGAGAUGGGGGCCCCUUUCUCCCUCAAAGGCUUAAUGGGAAACGCUAUCUGCUCCCCGGAGUACUGGAAGCCAAGCACAUUCGGAGGCCGCGUGGGCUUCGACAUCAUCAACACCGCCUCCCUACAGAAGCUCGUCUGCAAUAAUGUCCGUGGCCCCUGUCCCGUGGCGUCCUUUCACGUGCCCGAUGUUAAAGACACGGGGUCCACCACCAUCAACUCAAGCACAGCCCACUCACGCGGCAGUGACAUCAACCCCACGGUCAUUUUGAAAAAGAGGACUACUGAGCUCUAAUUUUUUAAAAUUUAACUUUAUAAGGUCAUUCUUUUUUAUGGAUUUAUUUAUAUAUUUAUUUUUGUAUUUAUUUUAUUCUAUUUAUAAAAUAACAUUAAAAAGUGCAAAAUAGAUUUUUUUUUUAAUAUGCAGUUUUGCACAUUUUUGUCUGAUUAUCAAGAAAACAGUCUGUGGUUGUGUUUUAUUUAUUGAAAGAUUUGUUGUAUGAUAAGUUAUUGUUACAGUAAUGACCUCAGACACUGCCACUUGAUACUUGAAGGUUAGUUUACAGUUUCAACUACAUAGUAGUGUACAGUACAUUCCUAUUGUCCCUUCUCUUCCAUUCAUGUUCUAAAUUGUACGAUUGUCCCAGGACACCACAGUAAUCUGUUUUUGUAUCAGAGAAACAGUAACAUCACUAUGUUCAUAUCCUAUUUAAAUAUUGUUUUACUGAUUUUUGUUCCACUUCAGUCUGUUUACUGGCUUGGGUAUUUUGAACGACAUUAAUAACUACGCUGCACUGUUGUUUAGAAUUUCAUUGUCAUUCUAUGGAAAUUGUUACAUUCAGCCCUGUACUGUAAAUAACCAGUUUUGUAGUUCUGUUCUGCCUAUUGACUUGCAAAGUUGACACUAAUAAAUGCCUCCAUGAAA